AUGGCUGUUCAUGUAUGGGGACUCGUCGCCAUUAUUGUGUUCUACUUGCUUAUUUUUAUCCUUGGUAUCUGGGCGGCGAGGAAAAAUAAAAAGAAGGGGAAGGAGGCGACGAGUGAGGAUAUCUUGCUAGCAGGGAGAAAUAUUGGGACGUAUCUAGGGAUAUUUACUUUGACAGCCACGUGGGUAGAUGGCUCUCUGAUCAGCGGGGUUGCUGAGGGUAUCUACACUUCUGGUUUGUCCGCGCUCAGUAUGCCGCUCGGGUACUGUGCAACUUCAUUCUUCUUUGUCAAAAAGAUGCGUGAAAGCAAUUAUAUCACAAUGCUGGACCCCUUCGACCGGAAGUUUGGAAAAAUCAUGACAGGGUUCCUGUUCUUGCCGGCUUUGACAGGCGACAUAUUUUGGUUCGCUGCCACAUUGUCUUCAUUAGAAUUUCACAUUUUGAAAAAGAGGUACAUUGUGGUGUCCAUCGAUUUAGGUACAACUUUAACAGUGGUUGUCGGCCUGGACCACUGGAUCACCAUCACGGUGUCGGCAGCUGUGGCCUUGAUAUACACGUUGUUUGGAGGACUCUACUCGGUCUCCUACACUGACGUCAUGCAGAUGUUGUUCAUCUUUUUAGGUCUGAGGUACAUAGUGGUGUUCGUCGAAUUAGGUACAACUUUGACAGUAGUGGUAGGACUAGAUCACUGGAUCGCCAUCACGGUGUCGACAGCUGUGGCCCUGAUAUACACGUUGUUUGGAGGCCUCUACUCAGUCUCCUACACUGACGUCAUGCAGAUAGCAUUUAUCUUUGUAGCCUUGUGGUUGACUAUUCCAUUUGCUUUGUCCAACCCCUUGAUGACGUCACUAUCAGAGACGUCAAAAAAGUGGCUAGGGACGGUCCCCGGCCGUGACGUCAGCACCUAUAUAGACGUACUGCUACAACUGACACUGGGAGGAAUACCUUGGCAGGCUGUGUGGCAGCGCGUCCUGGCGAUGAAAUCGGCGAGGUUGGCGCAGUGGAUGUUGUACGGAGGCGCCGUAGGUGCUGUGGUCUGCAUGAUCCCACCUCUGCUCAUAGGGAUGGUGGCAGUAUCAGUUGAUUGGAAUGCCACAGCCUACGACGGAGAACUUCCGUUUCCGGCAGAUGAUCUUAAACUGAUUGCACCGCUUGUCUUGCAAUACGUGUGUCCAUUCGUAGUUUCUCUGAUUGGUCUUGGCGCCAUUUCCGCUGCAGUGAUGUCGUCUACGGACUCCAUCUUGCUUUCCUCGAGCUCAAUGUUUGCUAACAACAUCUAUAAACCUGCUAGACAAGGAAAGGCUAGUGAACGUGAGAUUAUCUGGGCCAUGCGAAUAUUUAUGAUCCUCAUGGCCAUUCUGACCACGGUGUUGGCCAUCGAGAUCACCAGCAUCUUCAAUCUGGCCCUUUUGUGCUCCGAUCUGGUCUACGUCAUCCUGUUCCCUCAGCUGACCUCGGUCUUGUAUGUAGACGGUGCAAACAUCUAUGGAUCAAUUGCUGGGUAUGUAGUGGGACUGAUUAUCCGGGUACUUAGCGGGGAGCCGUUGUUAGGUCUACGAGCAGUUCUGUGGUGGCCUUGGUAUGAGGCGGAGACGGAUUUCCAGCCGUUCCCUUAUAGAACAACCAGUAUGCUGCUCAGCUUGAUAAGUAUCUUACUCGUGUCACACGUCACAAAUGUCGCGUUCCGUGCUGGUUGGUUGCCAAGGCGAUAUGACGUACUCAACGGCAUUGUUUGGCAUUCAGAGAGUAAACCUAAAGAUGAACAGAGAUCGGUUGAGAUAGAAAAGCAUUUACUUCCGGACGAUACUAAGGAUAAUAUUGCUUUGGAGAUACUCCCCAGACAAAUGGUAGAGAUAAGUGAAGCUAGAAACGAUGAUACAUUUAUGUGA